AUGCCGUGUUAUGCCAUGAUUGUUUUCUUAUUGCCAAUUGGGUUAUGCAACGAAAUUGAGUCUAUUUUGAACAGAUAUUGGUGGUCUGGCACGGUCACUGGUGGUAAAGGUAUUCGAUGGAAGUCUUGGACUAAGUUGUGCAUAGAGAAGGAGAGAGGAGGGUUGGGCUUUAGACGUCUGAGGGAGAUGAAUCUAUCUCUCUUGGAUAAACAGGUUUGGAGGCUCCUCACUCGUACUGAUUCCCUUGUGGCCAAGGUAUAUAAAUCACGCUAUUACCCCAAUUGCUCUCUGUUUGAAGCAUCUGUAGGCAGCAAUCUUUCAUUCCUGUAG